GGCUUUUUUUAAUAAUAAUGGAGACUGCAGAUAUUGGAACACAAACAAAAAGAUCUGCUUUGAAAGCACAUUCAAACAAAUCCGUGAAGAUGAAGGCAGAGGAAGUAAUUGAAACAGAGAACAUUAAAAGCUGUGAAUUUGAAGUAUUUGGCAUAGUGCAAGACGUUUCUUUUCGACAUUAUACAUUGCGCCGAGCUCAAAAACUGAACAUCCACGGUUGGUGCAUGAAUUCUGAAUAUGGUACUGUAGUAGGAUUAAUUCAGGGGUCUUUACGUAGCUUUGAGGCGAUGCGCCUCUGGUUGACAUACACCGGUAGUCCCACCAGUCGCAUCGACAAAUGUGUUUUUGGCCCAACACUAGACUUGGAAAAUUUUACCUUUGACGAAUUUACCAUUCGAAUAUGACCGCUUCAAGCUAUUAUCAGUGAAAUAUCUGAGGGUAACACUGUUUCGGUAAAGUGCAACGCUGCGUGCUAACACAAUCAAGUAAAACAAACGGCAUUGCAGUGGAAAUCGUUUCUCUUACUGUGACCUGUGACAAACAAUAAAAAUACCUUUAAUAAUUUAUCUAAUUGGCCUACACAUAAGAAAAGCUAUUAAAUUAGUUUCUACAAUCGCAAUGACUUUCGCACAUGUGUGAGCUGGACCGCACUUUUAACACGCACAAGACUUUCACUUUUUUGCAAAGAGACGAUAAAAAAAUCUAAAACAACAACAAUUACCAAACGACACAUCGUCUCACGAAGAGAGUUGCACAAAAGAAAGAAAAUGAAAAGCCGAGCGGGAUAGAUAAUUGUAGCUGACACCACUGGAAGCAAGACGAGAUAGACAUUUUUGUUAAAUAUAGUACAUAAUUAAUUAUAAACAAAAUAGGCAUUUAAAAAAGAAAUGCAGCAGCGAUAACAACAAUAACAAAGCAACGAAUGGCUGUAUGAGGGAGUGUGUGAUUGCCUGUGUGUGUGCGUGUGAGUGAGUGAGUGUGCGUGCGUGCGUGCGUGUUUGUCCGUGAGCAGCGAAGGGACAGAAAUUAACCAAAAAAA